AUGGCUACAGCUUUGAAAAAGAUAAGCCCCCAUCUAGAGUGUGACAUUUGUCAGGAGAAAUACAAACGGCCCAAGGUGCUGGACUGCCAACACAGUUUUUGCGAGACAUGUCUGGAGAAAUACUACACCAGCAGGUAUGCAGGUCAGCCUAAGAUUCCUUGCCCUGUAUGUCGUCGGGAGAUGGUACUUCCAGAGACACGCAUUCAAGGCCUGAAAGCAAAUUUCCAUUUGAUGGGAAUAGUUGAGGAGGUCUCACUCCAAGAAAAGGUGGCUUGUUCAGAAAACACAAAGGUCAUCUGUGAGAUUUGUGAUGAGGGAAAUGAGGCCAUGCAUCGUUGUCUGGACUGUGCCCAGAAUAUCUGCCCAAACUGUCGCAAGACACACUUGCGAUUUGCUGCUACAUCAAACCACACAGUGGUUACUUUGGAGGACAUUCGUCAGGGGAAGGUAACGGUGAAAAAAACACCAGAAGAAGAUGAGUCUAAAUGCCAGAAACACAAGGGUGAAGUGAAACGGUUUUACUGUGAGACAUGUGAAGAGUUAAUCUGUCGAGAUUGUACUGUAGUAGACCACUGUAAACCAAAACAUCACUACAUUGAGUCUGGAGAGGCUUCUCGUAAAUACAAACAGUCACUGAAAGAUACGUUUCCAGAUUUCACCACAGGCAUCAAAAGACUUCAAAAAGCUUUGGCCACUUCAUCACAAGCUAAGCAGAAGUUCACACAGAACGUCACAAAGACUGUGAAAGCUGUAAAAAACAAAGCGGAUAAAAUGAGAGCUGAGAUAACAACUCAAGAGACAAAGAUGAUUGCAGAAAUCAAACAACUCCAGCAGGAUCGCAACAAAACAUACGAUAAGCAUCAGGAAACAGUGACAAUGAUGCUACAAAGUAAACAACAUUCCUUCAGUACAGCUCAGGAUGUCAUAAACACUGCAUCAGACACUGAUUUGCUUUCCCUCUAUCCUAUCAUCAGCAAAGACUUGAAAUCACUCAAGAGUCAAAAUCCUCCCCAGAUUGAUCCCAAGCUUUCAUAUCUGAGCUUCACCCCGGGUCAGAGGAUUGGUGACAUCAAUCUGGGCAAGCUGGCAGUCAAAGGCAAGUGGGAGACGUUGCGUGAGUUUGGUAAAGUGGGAAGUGGUCCAGGAGAGUUCAAUGGGGCUGUAGGUGUUACUGCCACUCAACCUGGUGAGAUUGGUGUGGCAGACUGGAUGAACAACCGAGUGGUCAUCUGCAGCAAUGAGGGACAACACAAGGGAACCAUUCCCCUACGACAUCCACAGGCAGUUGCAGCCAUUCACAUUCCUGAGCAACGCUUGUUUGUGUUGGAAGAGGGAAGCAAGUAUGUCAAGGUGUUCAACAUGAAAGACAACACUCUUGUAAAGCAGUUCCCAACGGUGCACAAACAUCAGGUAGACAAGACAGAAAUGAACCUACAGAGUCUAGCUGCAACAAAGAAUAGCAUCUUAGUAGGCGACACCAAAAAUAUGGUGUGGACUGAACACAAAGCCACUGAUGGUGAGAUCCUACACACCAUACCAGUGCAGACUCCACCUUGCUACCUGGCUGUUGAUGACGACACUGAUAUAGUUGUGGUCAGUGGAGGUGACACAAAGAAAGUGGAUAUAGCAGAUAGCAAAGGUACAACAAAUGGCACUAUCAAUCCGACCAUUAAUGGUAAGCCAGUGAAGUGCCGUGGUGUAUGCUGUGACAGCUCAGGCAUCUACCUUGUAGUGUACCAAGGUGUGACUGGCACUGGUCAUAUUCACCACUAUGACCUAGAUGGCAUGUUUCUUGAUUGCCUGGCUCAGGGUCUGUAUAUCCCACGUGGAAUCACAUUCACAUCCGAUGGCCAGCUUGCAGUGACUAACUGGAACAAAGUCAAGAUGUAUCACAAGGUGUGAUGUCAUCCAACAUGACAUUGACUAGCAAUCAUCAUCAUCCCAACAGCAAAUUUUGAGGAUGAAAUUGUCUAGUCAUUACAGCACCAAUCAACAUUCAUGUCCCACUCAUAUCACAUCUCUCCUCAA